GGCAACACACCCUGCACAAUUAACACUGCAGUCUCAGGUGUCAGGAGGGAGAGACAGAGAGAGACGCUCCACAGCACCCAGAGGACUCCACAUACAAACAAGUGAUUUUCAACACAAAGCCCUCUGAUCCCAUGAGACCGGUCACAUUAUGAAAUCACGCUACCUAUUCCUGCUGGUUUACCUCGUUGGAGCCACAACUGGAAAUUCAAGGGCACAAAGGAAUACAACAUGUGGAACAGAAAGCUGCGGUCAGGAGCUGGACACGACCUCCCGCUUCCUGCAGUGUGUCGGCUUGCCGUCCACAGACACAGGAAAAGACCACAUGCAGAGGCUGAAAGUGAUGCUUGAGGCCACAAUGGACGUGUACACCUUCAUGAAAUCCAGUAUGACCGGUGUGCCGGUCCUGAGCCUGGAAGGAGCUUUGAAUUUCAACCCCGGAGCAGAUCCGCUCCAGAAUGAAGCUCUGGUUCAGAUGUGGCUUGAGGUCAAAAUCAAACCUCUGCUGGGUUCCAUCACCAAACACUUCCUGUCCUGCCUCAGCACAAAGAACUUCAGCUGCUCCACUUAUCAGACUGUAGUGAGAGAACUCAGCCAAUAUUUUUCAGAGAUGAAUCCAGUCAGACAAAAGUGGAUCUACACGUUUUUCAUGUACCCCUUCCUGUCUGGAGAAAGAGUUGCAGGUUGUGUAAACGGAAAUGAAAGCAGCGAAGAAUGGCUGAUGAAGAAUUUUGGCGCCUUCAGAGCGAUGGCCCGAAUGAAGGACUUCACCAGCCUCAACAUGGUCUUCAGUGGGCUGGAGGUUCUCCACCUGCUCUCUCCUGCACAAAAGGCCGAGCUGCUCUUAAAGCCUGAGGUGGCUGGUUUAGACAACGGCACCCUGACCCUGGUCUUCAACAGCCUGCUGUCCGGCCAGCAAACAACUCCCAGCCCUGCAAACUCGUCUGUGGUGCCAUUUGGUCAUUCAUCUCCACACAGCACUCUCAAAGAGAUCACAAAUGGAUUCAUGACGGCUUUCAGACCAAUUGGGAGUUUUGCUCAUGAAUUUGUUUCUUUUACACGUCAGAGAGAUGUUUCAGAAAUAAAAAGCACCACUUUGGCUCAGUUCCUGCUCAACUGGACUCUGGCUGAGCUGGCAGACGUGUAUGAACCGCCCAUGGUCCCAGACAUCCCCCAGUUUGACGUGACCAACGUGGGGGACUGGUACCAGCAGGUGGUGCUGCCACUGCUACGCAGGAUCCUGCCAAACGACGGAGACCUGAUGCACCAAAACAUCACGCUCGCUUUUCAUGAGCUGUAUUUUCUGGAACAUGGCGGGGAAAGUGAAUAUGAUGAACUUCAGGAUGUCUGCAGCGUCACUCUUGAUAAGAGCCCUUGUGGGCUGACCGAUGUAGUGGAGAGUAUAGCCCAUAUUAUGCACUGCGCUGCUAAAAGUGAGCUGACGAUGACUGAAGCAACCAUCAUGAGACUGAUUACUGAGCUGGCUGAACGUCUGAACUCUCUGAUCAAAGAGUUUGCCACAACAAACUUUGCGGAGCUGGCAUCUGACAUUAAGGAGAUAUUCAACGAGAACGAGCCUCCAACUCUGACCCAACAUCACCUGAAUGAUCCCGAAUUCAUCAAACUCUGGUACCAGAUCAAACUGCUCCCCCUGCUGCCAGACGUCAAUCCAGACCUCCUCUCUUGCCUGAGCACCAAAAACUUCUCCUGCCCCGUUUACCAAACCCUGGUGGCAGCACUGGGUGAGAGCAUGAGGCAAAUGGAUGCUGACAUGAUGUACAGUCACAACAUCUACAGAUAUUUCAUCUACUCUUUCCUGAAUCACACCACCACCGGACCCCAGUGCAUCUCUUCAGCCAAUCAAAGUGCAGAAUGGGUGAAGCUGAACUUUGGGUUCUUCUCGAGCUUUGCCUCUGUCAUCGACUUCUACCAGCUCAACCCUGAUUUCUCUGCGUUGGAAGCUCUGCCGGUCCUGACCCCGAAGCAACUUGCAGAGAUGCUGCUGCUGCCUCUUCCUGGUCCAACGGAGAAAGACACCAUUAUCCACGCAGUGUUUGACUUCUUGUUGGAGUCACCAGAAGACAGAAAAUUUACCGAGGUUCUGCACUUCGUGGUCCAGCUUGCAGAAGAGGUUAACCCUCCAUGCAAUGUGUAUAAACUCAUUUUUGAACGAAUGUAUGGAGCCAUAACAAUGAUGCCUCCGGACCUGGAGCCGGUUAUUUGGGCCCGCAUAGAUGAUCUGAUGGGAAUAGCACCAGCUGAGUGUGUACCAGCAGAAGUCACAUGCCAAGACACACAGAUCAACAGUACUUUAAUCUGCCGAAGUAUCAACAGCUCUGUUCUUCAGUCAUACCUCAACAACCACACGCAUGUUUCAUGUAGCUUCACCUUGGAGGAAUAUGCUUGUGCUCAGCUGGAGGACUUCACGGCCGAACAGCUGGCUUCCCUGAUGAGGUGUAAUCUGCCCAGCAACAGCAGCCAUUCCAGGGUCCUGUGGAAGUUGCUGCUGACGAAACUCUCCAGUGUUUUGAACCCAGCGCUGGACAUGCUGGCCAACACGUCGGUGGGAAUGAUCCCGUCGGCAGAGGCCAUUCUGGAUGUGAUUGAGGAAAUCAGGCUGUCGGCGCUGACCGAUGGGGAGCUGACGAACAGCAGCGUGAUCCACUUGUGGUUCGCAGAGCGUCUAAGCGGCUUCCUGCCAUUCGCGUCGGGGCGCUUCCUGCUCUGUCUGACCAGCAAAAACUUGAGCUGUCCAUCAUAUCAGCAAAUACUGCAGGUAUUUGUUGGCCACUUUGAGAAGAUGCCCUUCCAACAGCAGCUUGUGGUCCUGAAAGAUUUCAUCCUUCGAUUCCUUCUGAAUGCUCACUCAGAUCAAGGAUGUUUGUCCUCCUUCAACAACAGCGCACAGUGGCUGACCGACAACUUCGGUCCAUUCUCAGAGUUUGUGCUCAUCAGUGAGCUGAUCCAUCUCAACCGACUCUUCAAACCACUCGAGGCCUUACAGCUUCUUACACCACAUCAGACUGCGCAGCUGCUGGGACUGCCGCUUCUUAAUAACACAGACGCUGUCAUCGACAUGCUCUUUGAUUACAUGACCAAAGCACCAGUGGAAAGGAGAUUCACAGAGUUCCUGUCAUCUCUGGUCAUGUUUUCUGAGACGGUAAACCUUUCCUGCUCAUCCUACAAAACACUGUUCACCAGACUGGACGACGCCAUGGCAACAGCUACUUCUGACAUAGCUUCAGCCAUCACAUACACUAAAGUGGCUUUAUUCAAACAACUACCACUUGACUGCAUCAUAUACAGUGGGCAGUGCAAUGUAACAAUGGCAAAUGAGACAGAGAUAUGCAUGGGAGUCAACAGCACAGAGCUUCAGAUCCACCUAGACAGAUCAACGAUGGUCGGACGGCACUGCAGCUUCUCUGUGGAGGAAUUUGCCUGUGCCUCUCUGUCAGGUUUAACAGCUGUGGAUCUGGCAGCCAUGUUGGGUUGUGAUAGGGUCUCCGACUCAAGAGGCUCCAAACCUGCCUGGAAGCUGCUGCUGUCCAAAGCCUCCCUGGUCCUGGAUCAAGCUCUGGAUCUGCUGAGCAACACCACGCUCCGUCCUGACCAUCCUUCUGCCUCCAUGAUCCUGGACUCCAUACGAGAACUCCGGCUGGAUUUCGUCAACAUGGCCGACCUCAACGAUCCCGCCUUCGUCCAGAUGUGGUUCGGCCGCCCUCGUCCGUCCCUGCCAGCUGUUUCCGAGGACUUCCUCUCAUGUCUCUCCUCCAAAUCACUGGACUGCAGCACCUACCAGUACAUCGUGAAGACAUUGAGCGAAGUUCAGUCACACAUGUUGCGUGAAAAGCAGAUGUCUGUCUUUACACACUUCAUCACAGUUUAUUUGACAACAAACAACACUGCAGAUCCAGGAUGUUUGUCCUCCUUCAACAACAGCGCACAGUGGCUGACCGACAACUUCGGUCCAUUCUCAGAGUUUGUGCUCAUCAGUGAGCUGAUCCAUCUCAACCGACUCUUCAAACCACUGGAGGCCUUACAGCUCCUCACACAGGAUCAGAUUGCAGAGCUGCUGAGACUGAUGCUUCCUGAAAACACAGAUGUUGUCAUCAAUACUCUCUUUGAUUACAUGAUCGAAGCACCAGAGAGCAGUUUCAUAGGGUUCCUGUCAUCCCUCGUGAGAUUCACCGAGACGGGAAGUAUUUUCCUUUCCUGCCCAUCCUACAGAACACUGUUCACCAGACUGGAUGACGCCAUGGCAACAGCUUCUUCUGACGUAGCUUCAGCCAUCACAUACACUAAAGUGGCUUUAUUCAAACAACUACCACUUGACUGCAGUAUAUACAGUGGGCAGUGCAAUGCAACAAUGACAAAUGAGACAGAGAUAUGCAUGGGAGUCAACAGCACAGAGCUUCAGAUCCACCUAGACAGAUCAACGAUGGUCGGACGGCACUGCAGCUUCUCUGUGGAGGAAUUUGCCUGUGCCUCUCUGUCAGGUUUAACAGCUGUGGAUCUGGCAGCCAUGUUGGGUUGUGAUAGGGUCUCCGACUCAAGAGGCUCCAAACCUGCCUGGAAGCUGCUGCUGUCCAAAGCCUCCCUGGUCCUGGAUCAAGCUCUGGAUCUGCUGAGCAACACCACGCUCCGUCCUGACCAUCCUUCUGCCUCCAUGAUCCUGGACUCCAUACGAGAACUCCGGCUGGAUGUCGUCAACAUGACAGUCUUCAACGAUCCCGCCUUCGUCCAGAUGUGGUUCGGCCGCCGCCUUCGUCCGUUCCUGCCAGCUGUUUCCGAGGACUUCCUCUCAUGUCUCUCCUCCAAAUCACUGGACUGCAGCACCUACCAGUACAUCGUGAAGACAUUGAGCAAGCUUCAUCCAGUCAUGUUGCGUGAAAAGCAGAUGUCUGUCUUUACACACUUCAUCACAGUUUAUCUGACAACAAACAACACUGCAGAUCCAUCCUGCAGCUCCAACACAGUCGAUAGCAGUGACUGGCUGCAGAAGAACCUGGGAGGCUUUUCUGUUUUCAUUUCCAUCCAGGAACUGCUGAAGCUCUACCCCGACUUUUCACCGAUGGAAGCACUGGCCUCUCUGUCUGUCGGACAGCUGGUGGGCUUAUUCACCAUACCUGGGCUGCUCACGACUUCUGACCAGGUUGCCAUGGUUAUGAAAUACGUCCCAGACCCAAUGUUGGCCGUUUUCUUUGAUGAGUUCUCAGUCGCCAUUAGGGGAAAUGAACAGAUGAUGCCCUCUGCAGUGAGGUCCGCUAUGCUGGAGGUUGUGUUCAAUCGUGCAAACCUGUCCCAUCCCUCAGUGGAGGACUCGGUGGUAUCCCAGUGGCUCAAUAAUCGACUGCCUCCCCUGGUCAUAAGCCUGAUCCCCUCCCAAGUCAACCCAUACUUCCAGAUACUGGCGGGAAGGAACUGCAGCAUUGGACAGCAGGGUGUAACGCUUCUCAAUUCGACAAUCCUAACACUCACUCCGGAUUCCCAGAAAGAAAUCUACAACCACAUCAUUCUGGCACUGAAAGCCCCUCCAGCUCUCCGUUGCUAUGGUGACGGCAGCUUCUACAGCUUUGUCGAGGACUCAUUCUUGGGAUUCCAGUUCCCCAACCUGACCACCUUCCUGUCCCUCAUGCCUCGUGACCAGAAGCAUCUGCUGGUGAACUCCAUGCCUCCGUCACAUCUGGGGAACCUACUGCGUCGGCCAGACGUCGUUGACGAUGAAGCGCUGCUCUGUGGUCUCUACAGCAGCUAUGUUCAGACACGAGUGUUUUUGGAAACUGAGUCCCUGCCGGUAGAUGUCAGGCGUCCCACCCUGCCCUGCGUUUGGCCCAUGGCCCUCAGCAGUACCAGCAGGUCAGAGGUCAACGCUUGGUUUGACCGAAGCCUCCAGAACUACUUGGUCUUCCUCUCAAAGAGUCUGAUCAGUCCAGAUGUUACACAUAACACCUCGUGUCUGGCCUUCCAGAAACUUGUCUCGGUUCUUGGUCAAUACAACUACACUGCGGUGGACUUUGUGCGGGAAGAUGUGUUCAGCACCAUCAGGAACUACCUCCAAUCAGCAACACCAAGAUGUUACGACCCCAACCACCCAGAGCUGAACUCUACGGCUUGGUUUGCUGAGUACAUCGGCCCUUUCAUGCCGUUCCUCACUCUUGAGAUUCUUCAGACCUUCGGAUCGGAUCAGACCCUGCAGGUGUUCACGGUGAACCCCCUGAACAUCGCACUCCUCAACCACUCGGUUUUGCCUCAGAACCUCACUGACUACUACACUAAACUGGUCUACCAACAAGACAGUAACUUCCACCCCCUUCUCCUUCCUAUGUUGUGCCGGUGUGUCGCUCCUGCCAUGGCAUUCACCCAGCUGACUCCAGGAGAAAGUUUGUUCGUGUUGCAGAACCUCACCAUUGUCUGCCAAGAUCUCGAUCCACAGAUUUCUGCUGCUCUGACGAGCAACUUGGGUGAUGACAUCGACUCCAACGCCAUCUCUGCUCUCGGCAAUGAGAGCACCAGUAUGUCCAAGGGGCAGAUCAAGGCCAUCCAGCCACAGCAGCUGGUCAAUGCUCUGUUCACACUCAGCAACGUGAUGGGCUGGAAUGGAGGACAGGCAAAGAGCAUUAUCGAGUCUCUCUUGACCGUAAUGCAGAUCAAUAGCUCUUCGUCUCUUUUUACGCUGGGUACUCUCAUCAUUGGUGUCCCCUCCAGAGUUUUCAGGAAAAUCCAGAGCUCUGAGAUUUUGGUCGCCUCCAGAAACCCCUCGCUUGUGGGACACAUGAUGUCCGCUCCAAAGAUCGUCCAGCAGAUUUUUGUCACCCAGAUUUUAUCGGUGAACAGCACCGGAGAGGCGAUAAUCCAGAACGUUCCGGACGAAAUGGCCACUGAGAUCCCUCGGGUUUUCCUCCAGAGCUUUACAGCUGGCAGCGUCACAAAACUCAACAAGAAGAAAUGGAAACGCCAGCAGGCUGAGCUGUUCUUUGGCGUAAUCGCAAUGGAAAGCUCCACGGCUGUCCUGGGAAGUGCGAACAACCUGUCUUCCUCUGUGCUGCAAGGAUUCACAUGCACAAGUGUGAGAACAAUUCAGAAGGCGCAGGUCAAGAAUCUGGUCAAAGCCUGUCGGCGCAAAGGCACAGACAAAGUCAAACUGGUGGAGUCUCAGUUGACCUGCAUGUUCAACCUCAUCAGGAAAGAAUCAGACAUCACUAGCUUUGAACUUUUCCCUCCAGAUGUGCUGCUGUACUAUGACUACUCUCUGGUGUCCCAGAGCAACUGCAGGCAAUACUUUGAACAGCUCAGCGACGCCGACUUCUCGGUGUUCUCCUCAGAACUCAGCUACAAGCGGACUGCUCUGUUUGAUAACGCCAGGAGCUGCCUGGGCAUAACAACCACAAACCUGACUAAAGACCAAGUAACAGUUCUGGGAAACAUGUGCUGCUACCUGAGCCCCUCUUACAUCCUGGACUCUGAUGAAUCCAUCUUGGAGAAACUGAAGACCUGCCCGGAUCUGUCUGCCGCUCAGGCGGCCGCAGUGGAGACCCGUCUGAUCGGUGGGACCACUAGAUAUCGACUUGCUCCGACAUGGACUGAAACAACGCUGAGGAACCUCGAUACAUUUCCUCUGUAUAUGUCUUCAGGUUUCUAUGACAACUUUGACCAAACCACGAAGCGCUCAUUCUUAAAAUACUACCUGAAAGUCCUCAAAACUGAUGGAGUCAGCAGAGCGAAGAUAGGGGCAAUGAAAGCAAAUAUAAGACGAUCAAUUAGAAGCAGACUUAAGCGACAGGCGGUCACUGAAUGCACAGUAGGAAACAUCACCCAGGUCACCAUCAGUGGUGUCACCUUCCCCUUCGACUACAGCGACAUCAAUCAGUUCAACAGCUGUCUCAGUGCUGCGGUUGUCAGGGACAACCUGGAGAUCAUCACCCAGAAGGUGGAUCAAGAGGAUUACCUCAAGAUUGUUCUCACCAAGCUGCAGGAGGCGUACAGCACCACCGUCCCUGAAGACCAGGUCCAGAUCUUGGGCCCGGCGUCGCGCAUUGCCUCGAUAGAUCAGAUCAAUACAUGGAACAUCACUGAGGUGGACACGCUCGCAUCUCUGAUGGACACAACAUACGGAGCGUGGGAUCCAAGCUUGGCUAAAGCUAUCAUCUCUAAGUAUCUGAGCGUGGGAGGCAACAAACUUGAGAGCGCCGAGCUUAAUGCUAUCGGAGGACCAAACCUGUGCUCUGUGGAUGCUGCAGUUCUUAGCAACAUCUCUCAACUUAGCUUGAAAGAUGCCGACGCUUUGGAUGUGUCCAAUUGCACCAGAGACAAACUCAAAGUGCUCUUCAGCAUCGCCCUUCAAGCGUUUCAGCCUACCUCCAGAUCAAACGUUCCAUUGUACCAGCUCAUACAGCCAUACCUGGGAGGCGCACCUUAUAAUUUUGUUCAAAGUUUGGUAGCCUCCGACGUCAAUAUGGACCUGCAGACAUUUAUUAACCUGGACGAGAGUGUGAUACAGAGUCUGCGUGUUAGCGAAGUUAAAGGUCUUCUUGGCAACAACCUGGCUGAUUUAAGGAGCUUUGAAAAUACCCCAGUAGUAAGAAGCUGGAUCUCAACCAGGCUACAAUCAGAACUUGACACACUGGAUAUUGGGCUUACAGGAGGCAGAGCAAGCAGCUCCGCCUCUCCCAACUCGACUUCUAAAGUAACCACCCCUGCUGCAAACCCAACUACAACACCCUCAACAACUGUCAAAACUACCAAAGGUGCCGGGGCCCAGAUCCAUGGAGACGUUGCCGGCCUCACCUUCUUUGUUUUCCUCGCGCUCCUCGUCUCGUCCAAUCAGAUUGGGAUGUGAAGAAACGCACGGCUGAUUAUCAAACACGCACUGUAGGCUAAAAUCAGUGCUUGGAUUAAUGGGUGAAAUCAUUUUUAGAUUUAUGUGUAAUCGAAAACAAAUACUGUGACGAUUACGUUGUUUAUAAUGAACAAAUAUAUUUCCUGAACAAAAAUGGGUCCAAAUAUUGUGCUUGUGAUUACUUAAUUCUUUGCUAUAAAACCUUUUAUGUCUUUUCUAUAAUACCAGAUAUACUUCUUAUACUACAAUUUGCUGUAGGUAUUUGUGAAGGGGGAGAUAUUCUGUAUUUUUAUCCUCCAUAUUUUACUUCUGAUACCUCAUAUGAAGGAUGUUUCUGUUAACACUUAUUGAAAUAAAAUGCUUUUCUUGAGUAAA